AUGCGAGAGCUGGCCGACGACCAAAGCCUUGGAAAGGGUGUUGCACGCUACAGAGAUGCGGAUGUUGAGGUGGACGAUAGGUGUAACGCUGAAAGAGAAAGUAUCCAACGACACUGUGCGCUCCAUCUUCGGCGUCGUCCGAUAACUGAAAAGAUGAAGGAGGCGCGACUGAGAUGGUUCGGUCACGUCUUGCGGCGAGAGGAAGAUUCUGUUGCCAAAACCGCUCUGAAGCUCGACGUUUCAGGAGUGAGGCCGCGUGGGAGGCCAAAGAUUCGCUGGUGA